AUGAACUUCACCAAUCUCUGUGAGCUGCUGUGGACUGUCUAUGAUGAGCAGGACUCUGUUCUACAGCCCUUAUGGGACCACCUGCGGCUGACCUACUCUGAGUCCAUGAGGUCGCCUCUGUUCCCCGUUAUCCUGACCGUCUCGUCCUACUUCAUCCUCGUCCUACCUUACCUGGUGUGUGACAUCAUGGGGGACCGGUGGCCGGCCGUGCAGCGCUUCAGGAUCCAGCCAGGUAAGCGGCCCACCCCCGCCAUGCUGCUGCACUGCUCAGGUGUCACCUUACGCAACCACCUGCUCCUGGUCUUCCCCGCCACCGUGGCACAGUGGGCAUGGAGGCCCCCCAUCCCUCUGCCCGAGCGGGCCCCCACUCUGCUGGAGCUGGUGUCGGGGGUCAUCGGGAACCUCUUGCUCUUCGACUUCCAGUACUUCAUCUGGCACUUCCUGCACCACAACAUCCGCUGGCUCUACGUGACCUUCCACGCCAUCCACCACAAGUACAUGGCGCCCUUCGCCCUGGCCACCCAGUGCCUGGGCGGGUGGGAGCUGGUCACGGUGGGCUUCUGGACCACCCUGAACCCGGUGGUGCUGAGGUGCCACCUGCUCACCACCUGGGUCUUCAUGGUGGUCCACGUGUACGUGUCCGUGGAGGACCACUGCGGCUACGACUUCCCCUGGUCCACCUCGCGCCUCGUGCCCUUCGGAGUCUACGGGGGCCCCAGCAAGCACGACGUGCACCACCAGAAGCCCAACACCAACUUCGCGCCCCACUUCAGCCACUGGGACAAGAUAUUUGGCACGCAUGCUGAUUUCAGCUUUGCGAAAGCUUGUAAUUAG